AUGUCCUCUGCGCACGACACCCUAAAAAUCAUCACAGUCCUCGGAGCGACUGGAAACCAAGGCGGUGGUGUCGUCCAGGCACUUCUCAAGAUAACUACCCCAUCAUUCCACGUCCGCGCUAUAACUAGAGAUGUGGCGUCUAUUAGUGCCGAGCAACUCAAAGCAAAAUUCCCAAACAACCACCGCUUGAAACUCGUGGAAGCCAAUGUCUACGACAGUGAAUCCUUGCUCAAAGCGUUCAAUAAUUCUUAUGGCGUAUUCGCCGUAACGAAUAAUCGACUUCCCGGACAGAAGAUCGAGACUGAGCAAGAUAUGGACCAUGAACUUGAGGCUGGUCGUAACAUUUUGGAUGCUGCCAAGGCUUGCAAUGUGCAACAUUUUGUGAUGAGUAGCUUGCCCAAUCUGACAGAGGCUAGUAAGGGUCGGUUCAGCAAGGUCUUUCACUUUGACAAUAAGUCGAAGAUUGAGAAUUGGGCGAGACGUGAGCUUCCGGCUGUGACUUCGUUGCAUCCUGGACUGUUUUAUACCAAUAUGCAAUGGUCGCAAUAUUGUCGACAGGAAGAAAAUGGAAUUGUGCGAUUCUGUGCUCCCAUAGAAGGACACAAACUCGCCGAUUGGGUUGACCCGAGUUAUGACAUUGGGGUAUAUGCCGCAAAAAUCUUUUCCCUCGGCCCGGAGAAGACACUGUCAAAGACAUACCCGGUCGUCGGUCCAAAGCUGACAUUUGCAGAGUUUGCAAAGAUAUUUACAGAAAGGACUGGACGGGAGGCUGUCUUUAAUCCUAUUACACUUGACCAGUGGGGUGCGACUGUGGCCUCUACCGUGGGCAAAGGGUAUGAGGAGGAUAUUAGACAGAUGAUGCAGUGGAUUUCUGUUGCUCCAGACGAGAAGGUUUGUUAUGGGACUAUGAAUUUUAGGGAUGAUAAGUCCUGGGAAGAUCUUGGGGUUAGGGCUAGUACGUUUGUGGAGUGGAUGGAGCGGGCUUCGUGGACUGGGCCUUGA